AUGUUCAUGAUCGUUUCCACCUACUCUUUUUCGUCGCUGGACCCUUUCAAAGCGAAGGACAAAUCUGCUAAAGGACCAAUUCUACAUAAUCCUGGCAACUUGGAUCUUGAUGGCCCCGCUAAUGCAUCUACAAGUGAGGGGCCAAGAAACUUAAUAAUCCCCAUUGAAAUGUUACCUAGCAACCGCCAAACGCCCCAAAAAGAUGAUACAGGUAGGUAACCAAGUGUUAAAUCUACGGGGUCGACUAAAGUACCAAAAAAAAAAAGGGAGAGAAGUUCGAGAGUUUAUUUCCUGCGUUAAGAAAUAUCUUAUGAUAACCUCGAGCUGUGGUGUUAUAACUUAAAAAAUCUUUUCCAUGGCUUAUCUGUUCUUUUCCGGAGCCUUCCGUGGUCGCGUGAGGGCUCUUGACCAAUAAGGGUCAGUGUUAUAAAGACGUCGUUUGAUAUCAUGGCCACAUAUGAUACAAAAGUGAAAUAUUUCCAUUAAGGAACGAUCCACAUUUGCAGUCAUACUUCCGACUUUGCAACUACGAAGACACAGUGUGUGAUAACUAAGUGUUAUUGUUCUUCCUUCAGCCUUGACAACUGAAAAGUUUACUUACAUCUAGUGUUAUUUCCACGCAGAAAAUGGAAAAUCAGAGCCUUCAUCACCUCUUUAUUUCACUAUGGAAAAACGUCCACGGAACAGUUCAAGCGGCGUUGCACGUUAUCAGCCGGAGCGGAGUAAACUGGUAAAGUUCAUGGAAUAAGAUAGAUUUUUCAUUUCCGAAGUUAACUUUUACUCCACAUACUCCAAAAUAAUCAUGUACUUUGAAGUUGAUCAAACACAGAGACGAUUCUCUCGUAAAAAAACAUAGCUUUGACAUACGAUGCUCUGAUGUUUAUGAUAUACCAGCCAAACAAGAGGAGAAAAUUAUAUUUCUUUCCCUCACCUACUGCGCAAAAUCUUGCGUUUAGCCGGCAAGCUUCUCUAUUCUAUGGACCAGAGGAGACAUACUUACCUUUGUAAAACUCAGUUUAUGAAACAUGGAGUGUAUGAAGGAAAGGAACACCAAUUUUCUUUUCUGCGCGUAUCAUAAGAAAUAGUUGGGGAUGAUAAUUGUUCAGCCCUGUUAUGCUCGUGAAGGGAAAGGACUCUUGUAAUGUUUUCAAGGUUUCUUUAGAUCCUAUCACCUAAAUUGUAUCCGAACAAUUGGGUCCUAACACUCCAGGUCAAAGUGGCCCUAGUUCUUUUGUUGUGGUAGGAUAUCGCAUAAAUUUGCUUAAUUAUUGUUGACAUGUUUUUGUCAUAAAUUCCGAUCUUUUUCCCUUUAAUCCUGCAGCCAUAUAGGAAUGUCCGUGGAGAACUUGUGAGACCAGAUACACUAUCACGAACCUCACAAGACUCGCACGACAUAAAACCAGAAACACUUCCAAACCAGUCGAAGCCCGUUGGGUCCCAGACUCACAGUAGGGAAUCAUCGGAUGCAAGCUACAUCACCUACGUGGUCUGA